GCGGUGCCAUAAUCGCACACCGAGAGAGAUAGAUAGAUAGAUCAAGAAAGAGCGUCGGGAUACAUUAACACAGGAGAUCAGUUCGGGUUUUAGUUCGGCACGAUAUAAAGUCACACAUAGUCACAGUCACCAGCGUUGACGAUGAACGCGCUGCAUCCACUUCUCCCGUCUCCUCCGCGCACAGAGUCCGGAGCAAGGAAGCCCAAAUGCGCCCGCUGCAGGAACCACGGAAUGGUGUCCUGGCUGAAGGGACACAAGCGUCACUGCCGCUUCAAGGACUGCACCUGUGCGAAGUGCAACUUAAUCGCCGAGAGGCAGCGGGUGAUGGCGGCGCAGGUGGCUCUGAAGCGACAGCAAGCAGCCGAAGAUGCAAUAGCGAUGGGACUGCGAUCCUGCUCGCCGAACGGGCCGUACAACUACCUGCCUUCCGGACCGAUAUGGGGGACAAUUCCCGGCGAUCCACCGCCAGUGAAGAGCAAGCUUUCCUCCACGAGCAUUAACAGCGAGAAGAGAGAUAUCGAUCAAGACGGCAAGUCGGACGAGGAGCGCACGCCAGAGAGAGAGGACGUCGUCGCCAACAAACCGAAGACAGUGGCGCGCGUGCACGUCGACAAACCCGCCGACGUCGGCAACGUCGGCAGCGCGCCGAAGGAAUCUCGCCGGGCGAGCACGCCGCCACCUUGCGGUACGAUCAACGCCAGCGCGCUGCCGACCGCCUUCCGCCCGGGUCGCCUCUCGCCACUCGACAUCCUCCAGCGCAUCUUCCCCUUCCAGAAGAAGACCGUGCUGGAGCUGGUGCUGCAUGGCUGCAACGGAGAUCCGGUGAAGGCGAUCGAACACUUCCUGUCCGUCGGCGACACGAUGCUCGCAUCGUCAUCGGCGUCGUCGACGAGCCACCAGGUGGCGACAGCGCCGGCCGGGCCGACGUACGUCGGUAGUCGAGCGGAGACGCGCUUCCAUCCGUACAUGGCGGCCGCCUUCACGCCGUUCGUCAUGGCCGACGGUAUGAACAAGUUUCCGUUCGGCAGCGUCAAGUCGGCCUUCACGCCCCUGUCGUCCGCGAUGCCGACGCCGGCGCAUGCGUGGCAGUACGCCUUCCCGCCGCGUCCCGCCGGAUUUCCGGUCGACGCUCUCCUCGGGAGAACGCCGCCGAUCUUCCCGCAGCUGGGGAUACCGCGGCCGGAGCUCAUGGCGACGCCGCACCUGUACGGGGGCGUGCCGCCCAGCUCGCACCUGCUGCUGCACCCGUGCCAGACGUGCCCGCCUGGCUGCACGCAGUGCCCUCUGUCGCCGAAAGACCAGGACAGGUCGUCUGACAUUGAACAGCACUCUGAUGGCUGGGACGACGGCUCGAAUCACUCCAAGGACGACUGACUGUGAGCAGCAGGACUAUAGACAAUACCGAUAGAUAUAUACAUCGACAUAAUUAUAAAGAUAUACAUACACAUACAUUUACGUAUAUAUAUAUAUAUACAUAGAUGUAGAUAGCCCGUAGUCUGUACAUACGCCUAUGACGUUUCCCGCACAAGAUAGUUGUCACGCGUGUGAGUUGAGUAUUUUCACGUUACGCGAUUCGAAUGCUAUGCAAGAACGUAUAUGGAGUUAUCGUGCCAUAAUAUAACGAAAUUAAUAUUGAAUGUAGACUAUACGCUCUAAAUGGCAAACCUUAUUUGUAUGAUGCGUGCUGCGUAUAUUACACGAAUAUAUUCUAAUCUCAGCGUAGUCUCUAGCAUAUUGUGUUGGGUACGAGAUCCACAGAGAACGACAACGAUGUACUGAAACAAUUUAACAAAAUUCUAUUCGUGUUGUUGAUUGAUGCGUAACGCUGAAAGAGCAAGACGACGUCAUAACGCUGAAUCUGUAAUAUAAAACACUGUAAGUAUUGUCGAUUAUUAUCUGCAGCCGAGCUCCUCUGCUGAAAACACCAUGGUGAUACGAAUAACGUACGCAGAGUUUAAGCACAUUUGUACAUAAUACAUAUGAUCCAUGCUAGUCACGGCACUCUAUAAUAUAAUGCGUAUUUAACAAAAUAGCUUAUACACCACAUGCACUUUAGUAUACAACUGAAUACGUUUCUUCUUACAUAAAUAGGUGUUGCACUAACUCCGAAGGUCUUCAGAAGAUAUUCUAAAAAUAUAGCAAGCUCUAGCAUCAGUCCUCUUUGGAGGCAACGCAUGGGAUUAUUACUUAUGACGCCCUAACAAAUAUGGAACACUUGUUAAAACAGAACCGGCAUUGUGCUAUAGCCAAAUCGACAGAUGCACGGCGGUUAUGGGGAGUUAAGCUUGCUCCCUUCUUCAGCUCUCACCACGACAUAUGAAAAUAGAGAGCAGCCAAAUAAGACAGCUGUUUCGCAUAAAACCAUAUACAAAUCGUCACAAGUUGUUAGCGCAUAGUGCCGUUUUGCGUGUGUGUGUGUUUAUUGGGUAUGUCUAAACGCAAACCGCUUUGUUUAAAUUCAUGUUUUUUGUCUGUAUAUUCUAUAUAAUAUAUUACUGUAGUAUUAAAAUGUAAAUAAUGAUAA